CGAGAAAUGUAGACACGCGCCUCAAGAAUGGCUAUGAUACAAGAACAAAGGUGUUGGAGUUGUCGCCAAUGUAUUCAACCCUCAAGAGCAUCGACAGCCCUGAUCCUCUCAUCUACAGCCAUCAUGACUGCAAACAUCCUGAUGCUAUUAAUCAUCAGACGCAGCCGGCAAAGACGGAUCUUUGCUAAAGUAUCGCUGGUUUUCGUAAGGGUUAUCGCCACCCCAAAGGCUUUGCUCCUCUUCCUUGUAAUCGAUAAAAUCCACAUUCCCAAUUUCAAGAUUAGCACAGUACAGAUCUGCAUCGUCGUAUCCGCAUCGCAAGACGCCAAUGACAUUUUGAGAAGUGUCUGUCAUGACUUGGAGAUCGAUCACAAGGACGCCUUUUGUCUGAUAGUCUCUUUGAUCUGCCACGAUGAAGAGAGUCGGGUGGAUCUUAUCGUCUUUCUCGCGAAGUUGAAUGUGGUAUUCAUAGAUAUCGCGAAGAGUGAGAUUGGAGAAGUUGGGUGUAGUUAUGAGCACAGAUUGACCAGUACUGUCUUCGACCUUGUUGAUGUCGCUUUCGAGUUGUUGAAGUUCCAGAUCAUCGAAUGCGACCAAAGUGUAGAUUGGCCAUUGCUUGCCUAGAGUGUCGGCAAAUUGACCGUGACGGGGAUCCUGCAGUGGCAGCGUGUCUUCUAACUGCUUGGUGGACACCAU